AUGAUGAGCCCACAGACCUGCAGGCCUUCCCAGAGUACCAAGGACUUCAGUGGCUGCUCUGCCAUUGGCGCUUCUGGUCAGAGCCGCACCUCCCCCAGGUGCAAGUCAACCUCACGCUGUGGGGCAGGCAGCGCUGCCACGGCCUGUGCCAUGAUCUGCGGUACCUUUGGCAGCAAGAGCCUGCACAGCCUUGGCGGCAGCAAGAAGAUCUCACUCAGUGUGGCUGGAGGAGCUUCCCGGGCUGCGAGCUCAGCACAGGGAUGCUCUGGUGCCUUUGGAGGCAGCCUGUGCGGGCUUGGGCUCGGAGGAAGGGGUCACAGUGGGGGCUUUGGAGGAGGCUCCUUCGGUGCUGGAGGGAGAGCUGGAGGCUUUGUGGGCUCAGGGUGCUCUCCCCUGGGCAUCCAGGAGGUGACCAUCAACCAGAGCUUACUGCAGCCCCUGAACAUGGGGAUUGACCCCCGGAUUGGGGAGGUGAAGACCCAAGAGAAGGAGCAGAUCAAGACCCUCAACAACAAGUUUGCUUCCUUCAUUGACAAGGUGCGGUUCCUGGAGCAGCAGAACAAGGUGCUGGAGACCAAGUGGUGCCUCCUGCAGGAGCAGACGGCUGCUUCCAAAGCCAGUGCUAAUGACCUGCAGCCCUUCUUUGAGUCUUACAUUGGCUGCCUCCAGGCCCAGCUGAGCAAGCUGCAGGCUGAGUGGAGCCGGCUGGAUGGGGAGUUGUGCAUGAUGCAGGCGGUCAUGGAGGAGUACAAGAAGAAGUAUGAGGAUGAGUUUAACAAGCGUUCAGAGGCUGAGAAUAAAUUCAUGGUUCUGAAGAAGGAUGUGGAUACUGCUUACGUGGCCAAAGUGAACCUAGAAACCCAAGUGGAGUGCCAGACUGAUGAGGUCAACUUCCUGAGAGCUGUCUACGAAGCUGAGUACAACCAACUUCUAUCGAAAUCCAUUGACACUUCUGUGAUCCUGUCCAUGGACAACAAUCGCCACCUGGACCUGGGCAACAUCAUCGCUGAGGUCAAAGCUCAAUAUGAAGAAAUAGCUGAGAAGAGUAAGGCAGAAGCCCAGGCCCUGUACACAACCAAGCUUGGAGAGUUGCAGACUACAGCCGGCAAGCAUGGUGAUGAUUUAAGGAGCCUCAAGAAUGAGAUUGUUGAGCUCAACAGAAUAAUCCAGAGACUGAGGGCAGAGAUUGAAAGUGUCAACAAGCAAAAUGCCAGCCUGCAGGAAGCAAUCACUGAUGCUGAGCGGCGGGGUGAGCUGACACUCAAAGAUGCUCAGAACAAGUUGGCAGAACUCAAAGAGGCUCUGCAACAGGCCAAGGAGAAUCUGGCCCAUCUCUUGCGUGACUACCAAGACCUGAUGAACAUCAAGCUGGCUUUGGAUGUGGAAAUUGCUACCUAUCAAAAGAUGCUGGAAGGAGAGGAGUGCAGGAUGUCUGGGGAGUGUCAGAAUCAAGUGUGUAUCUCCACGAUCAAGCACACUUUCAGCAGCAAGAACAUCAGUGCUGGGGGCAGCAGCCUCAAAGGGAAGGGCAACAGAGGCCAAAACACCCGAGGGGCCAGUGCGUCCAUAACUGCUGGGAAGAGCAUCCAGUCUGGAAGCAUCUCCAUGAGUCAGAGGACCAGAGUCGGCAGUUCUUUGCCCCCGUCCUCGGCCGGGGCUGUGCAGACCACCACCACUAAUAACCAGCGCUCCUGCAUCAAGUACUGA